UCUCACUCUCUCUCCAGCCUCCUCCAACUACCCAAACAAACCUUACUUUCAAGCUCACGCUUCGAGUCUCUCCACCACUUUCAAGAUGCAGCCUACCGUUCUCCUCAUGGGCCUUUUCGCCGCCUUCGCCGUCGCCGCCCCCACCGCCCCCGGCGGCUCCAGCACCGACGUGACCUACAAGGCCAACUCCGACAACACUCAGGACAACAGCCAGAACGUCGACCAGACCCAGGUCCUGCCCAUCAGCGCUCUCAAGGAUGUCAGCGUUGCGGACGGCGCCGACAUCGUCAAGAACGUCGAUGUCAGCGCCCUCAACCACGUCCUGAGCGACGACGCCAUCUUGAACAACAACAACAUCCCCAUCGACGUCUUGUAAAGCGGUCUCGACUUGACACAGGUGUCACAGAGUCCUGUCAAAGUUCCACCUUUUCGAGAUCUCUUUUCUGUGUGCGAGGAGAAGGGGCAUUGAUGGGAGAGGAGUGGAGGCGAAACCAGUCUUGACUCAUGUUGUAUUUAGACUCUUUCUCUUCUUGAGGUUGAUAAUAAUUUAAUCGGGACGUGUUU